ACGUUCGUUCAAGCCUUCCUUCUUCUCGUUCGUUCAAGCCUUCCUUCUUCUCGUUCGUUCAAGCCUUCUCUGUCGUCCGUCUUCUCUCUCGGUGUGUCGUCCGUCUUCGAAGCUUCUCUUGCCGUGUUCGAAGCUUCCAUCCUCGGUUUCGUUCUCUCCUCCUUCUUCAAAACGUGCGUUGAAACCCUUACAUUUUGGUGGCCGUUGCAAUGGAAGGGAAAAAAGCAAGUUGGCGACUUCUUAUCUCGAUGGAUUCAUCGAUCAUUAUUGAAAUGAAUCGUUUACUCCGACAGUGUCAUGUGGAUCGGAUUAGGAUGACACCAUUUAUGUGGUGUGUGAAUAUUAAUAACCCUGUGGAGGUGAAUUUAAAAUUAUUGAAGGUUAUGGUUAGGAGGUGGGUUGGAAAUGAUAACAGUUUUAGAGUUAGUCAAAAGUUGGUGCCCUUUAGAGUUGUUGAUGUGUUGAUGAGCUUAGGUUUAGAAAUAGGUGGUUUAGAGAUUCCCUUUGAUGAAGUAGUUGGUGGAUUGGUUGGUGAAAUGUUCAAAUCAAAAACCAUCAGUUUGAAGGACUUGACAGACAUGUUUAAUGUCAUUGUUGAUGAUAAAAACAUUGAAGUCGAUGUAGUGUGUAGGUUAUAUAUAUUAGUUUGUUUGGUUGUUUUCUAUUUCCCUAGGAAAUCAAGGCAUGUUUGUAACAUGCCUUUUGGAGUGUUAGAUGACUUAGACCGUUUGUGUCUAUAUGAUUGGUGCACCGGUGUACAUAAACACAUUGUAGAGAAUUUAAAUAAAUGUAAGAAGAAAAUUAUGGGAGCAGGUAUCCCCCAGUCAGUCACUCUCAGUGGCAAUGUGGCAGUGUUGCAGGCUUGGGCGGUUGAGAGACUUUCUUUGCAUGGUCAUCCUUCGCACCGGUUUUUCCCGCGCAUAAUGAGAUGGUUCCCGUUUAAAGCAAGGACCGAAAAAAUUGAAAAUAUUUUUAUGACCGGAGAUUUAAAUAUGGAGUGGUAUAUACGAAAUGAAGAUCGUCAUAGGCCGGAAAUCCGUGCAGCUUUCAACAUGGAUGACGGAGGAAUGAGUGAAGGAUCCAAGGUUGAAAAAGACGAUGAUGAAGACGAAAGCUCUGAUGACGGGGCAUGGGAAGCAGGUGCGGAGGAGAGAUUGAGGAAAAAUAACGAACAUAUCAGAGCAUUGAAUGCCAAGAUUGGAGUUCUGACUAGGGAGCUAUUUGAAAUUUAUCAAACUCCAAUCUUUCAUGAAGAAGAUGCAUGUGCCACUGAUGAAGAGGUUGGGGGUGGAGUUGGAGGUGAGGAGAAUGCUGAAGUUGGGGGAGAAGAAGAAGGUGAUGGACAUGGAGUUGGAGGUGAGGAGAAUGCUGAAGUUGGGGGAGAAGAAGAAGGUGAUGGAAAUGAAGUUGAUGACCCCCUAGGUGCACAUGCUGAAGUAAGAGGGGAUGAUGAAAAUGUUCGUAACAUUAAUUUUAUUGAAAUAGAAGAUGAUGGUGAUGAAGGAGAACCGGAGGUCGUGCCAUUGGCUAUACCCCCAUUGCGGAGUUUUGUUGGUGAUCCAAGCACUAGUGUGGAUGUAAACCAAUUGUAUACAGCAGUCAGCAUCAGAGAGAUGAACGUACACAGGUAUGUGGUAUGAAUUGUAGUUGUGGUUGAGGAAUAUGUAUUGUUUGUGAUUGACUAAUAUUUGUAUGUUUAGGGUUGUAAGCGAGAUAAUUGGCCAAAGCUUGAGCACUACUUCAAUUUACACUUUGGCCCCAAUGAAAUACGUUGAUAACAUGGUGGUGUUCUUUGCUUGUACGGUCUUUAUGUACUUUGAGAAAAGGUUGUGCGGUGUUGUUAAGAGGUUUCAUUUUAGUCCGCAGCACCAUAUUCUUACAGAUUAUAGGAAACGUCCACAUAAUCGCCAUGUAUUCACGCUUCAUAACUAUAACACUUAUUUGCAUUCCGAUCAUUUUGGACUUGAAGAAUUACCCACGGCGGACUUUUUGUUUCUGCCAUUUGUCCACGAUGAUCAUUGGUGGUGUUAUUCAGUGAAAUUGAGGUCAAUGGAGAUUUUUGUGAUUGAUUCAUUGGGGAAGGGGAUCAGAGACCGCAAAAGGAUAGACACAGCCGUUGCUGAAAAUGUGGCACGGUUUUUUUGCAUCCUGA